AUGCCCUUUGCCUCUACCUAUUCUUGCCCUCAACCAACCACUCUCUCUGCUCUUCCCUCCAUCACUCUCUGUCCAUAUUCCUCUCUCUUCGUUCCUGUCUUGGCCCUUCACCUCACCUUCCCCUUAGAAGACAGGAAGCUGUUUGUGGGCAUGCUGGGGAAACAGCAGUCAGAUGUGGACGUGAGGAAAAUGUUUGAGGCGUUUGGGAGCAUUGAAGAGUGCACAGUGCUCCGCGGGCCUGACGGCACUAGCAAAGGUAGCUAACACUAUUACUGCAACACUGACAGCUACAACGCCUUUCAUCAACAGCAUUAAUAUUACCAUUAAGGUCAGGAAUCAGUCACAUCUAAACUCGUGACACUACAAACAUAGAUGCUUAAUUUUCUGUGUUUGUUGUUUGAGGCAUGACUAAUGAUCCAAUAUGUUUUAUAGGUCAUAGUUAAUGAUGCGCAACACAGUUUAUGGGCUAUGAUUGAUGAAGCAAUGAAUGUUUUGUGGACCACGGUUAAUGACGCGGCUAUAACUGAUGAAGUGCCGAAUGUGCGAUGCAUUUUAUAGGUCGUAGCCUGACAUAUGUUGUCACGUGAGGGGGGCCAGGGUUUGACGAUGUGUCAUGUUUUGUAGGCUGUGCCUUCGUGAAGUACCAGAACAACGCAGAGGCUGCGGCAGCCAUCAGCACUCUGCAUGGGAGCCGCACUCUACCGGUCUGUCACUCACACACUCACACACUCACACACACACACACACACUCUCCAAAGCAGUCAUUUAGACAUUUAACAUAGCGACUCAUCAACAGUUAAACACUGCUACUGUCAGACCUCCUCCUACACAAACACAGCCUACUGUAGUUCAUAGGAGUGGAGAAAAUGUUUGUGGAAUGUCCUUCUCAGUCCUCAUUUUACAGUGAUAUACGUAAUUUGGUACAGUGAUGUGUCAUUUUCACUACAGACAAUCCAGGCAUAGCCUACUGUAGUUUAUACAGUGAGGGGAAAAAAGUAUUUGAUCCCCUGCUGAUUUUGUACGUUUGCCCACUGACAAAGAAAUGAUCAGUCUAUAAUUUUAAUGGUAGGUUUAUUUGAACAGUGAGAGACAGAAUAACAACAACAAAUUCCAGAAAAACCCAUGUCAAAAAUUGUAUAAAUUGAUUUGCAUUUUAAUGAGGGAAAUAAGUAUUUGACCCCCUCUCAAUCAGAAAGAUUUCUGGCUCCCAGGUGUCUUUUAUACAGGUAACGAGCUGAGAUUAGGAGCACACUCUUAAAGGGAGUGUUCCUAAUCUCAGUUUGUUACCUGUAUAAAAGACACCUGUCCACAGAAGCAAUCAAUCAAUCAGAUUUCCACCAUGGCCAAGACCAAAGAGCUCUCCAAGGAUGUCAGGGACAAGAUUGUAGACCUACACACGGCUGGAAUGGGCUACAAGACCAUCGCCAAGCAGCUUGGUGAGAAGGUGACAACAGUUGGUGCGAUUAUUCGCAAAUGGAAGAAACACAAAAUAACUGUCAAUCUCCCUCGGCCUGGGGCUCCAUGCAAGAUCUCACCUCGUGGAGUUGCAAUGAUCAUGAGAACGGUGAGGAAUCAGCCCAGAACUACACGGGAGGAUCUUGUCAAUGAUCUCAAGGCAGCUGGGACCAUAGUCACCAAGAAAACAAUUGGUAACACACUAUGCCCUGCCCGCAAGGUCCCCCUGCUCAAGAAAGCACAUAUACAUGCCCGUCUGAAGUUUGCCAAUGAACAUCUGAAUGAUUCAGAGGAGAACUGGGUGAAAGUGUUGUGGUCAGAUGAGACCAAAAUUGAGCUCUUUGGCAUCAACUCGCCGUGUUUGGAGGAGGAGGAAUGCUACCUAUGACCCCAAGAACACCAUCCCCACCGUCAAACAUGGAGGUGGAAACAUUAGGCUUUGGGGGUGUUUUUCUGCUAAGGGGACAGGACAACUUCACCGCAUCAAAGGGACGAUGGACGGGGCCAGCUUCCCUCAGCCAGGGCAUUGAAAAUGGGUCGUGGAUGGGUAUUCCAGCAUGACAAUGACCCAAAACACACGGCUAAGGCAACAAAGGAGUGGCUCAAGAAUAAGCACAUUUAGGUCCUGGAGUGGCCUAGCCAGUCUCCAGACCUUAAUCCCAUAGAAAAUCUGUGGAGGGAGCUGAAGGUUCAAGUUGCCAAACGUCAGCCUCGAAACCUUAAUGACUUGGAGAAGAUCUGCAAAGAGGAGUGGGACAAAAUCCCUCCUGAGAUGUGUGCAAACCUGGUGGCCAACUACAAGAAACGUCUGACCUCUGUGAUUGCCAACAAGGGUUUUGCCACCAAGUACUAAGUUAUGUUUUGCAGAGGGGUCAAAUACUUAUUUCCCUCAUUAAAAUGCAAAUCAAUUGAUAACAUUUUUGACAUGCGUUUUUCUAGUUUUUUUUUGUUGUUAUUCUGUCUCUCACUGUUCAAAUAAACCUACCAUUAAAUUUAUAGACUGAUCAUUUCUUUGUCAGUGGGCAAACAUACAAAAUCAGCAGGGGAUCAAAUACCUUUUUCCCUCACUGUAGGAGUGGAGAAAAUAUUUGUGGAAUGUGCUCCUCAGUCCUUGUGUUACUGUGAUAUAGGUAAUUUGGUACAAUGACGUGUGUAAUUUUCACUGUGUAAUAUCUGUAAUAUCACGCUCUCUCCCUGCAGGGUGCCUCUUCCAGCCUGGUGGUGAAGUUUGCGGACUCUGAGAAGGAGCGAGGGAUAAGGCGCAUGCAGCAGGUGGCGUCCCAGCUGGGGGUCAUCAGUCCCAUGACCUUACACCUCGGGGCUUACAAUGCCUACACACAGGCAGUGAGUACUAGUAGCACUGAAACCCAAACACAGGCAUUAUGCAGAGAUUGUAAUACUCAAGCCAAAUGGCACCCUAUUUCUUAUAUGGGUCAGAAGUAGUGCACUACUAUAGGGAAUAGGGUGCCAUUUGGGAUGUAUCCUGACAGUGAAUGAGACGCCCUCUCUCCUUCUUUGUAGCUGGUGCAGCAGCAGGCUCUGGUGGCCCAGUCGGCGUACUUAUCUCCUGUGUCCACCAUCACCAUGCAGCAGUUGGCUGCCCUCAACCCCAGCAGCCUCAUUGCUACGCCCAUCGCAUCACUCACUACCACCUCAGGUACUUAAUGAGAAGCUACCGUCCUCCGCCACUUCAUCCCCUCCCACAGGAUUCUCUGCUCGUCUCAGUUUCUCUUUAUUCUUUAUAUAUAUUUCUUUUUUCUAGAGUCUUUGCUCCGUUUUUUUCUGCUUUUGAUUCCAUUUUAUUGCAUUUGUUAUUGUGUUUGUUUGACCAUGUCGGCCUGUCCCCUGAAUGGUCGUCCUGUUCAGGUACCAGCACUCCGCCCACCAUGGCAGCCACACCAGUGCCUGCUCUGCCUCCACCACUCAGCUACCCUCCAGUGCCAGCUCCACCCAAUGGACAGUCAGCGUCUGAAACCCUGUACACCAAUGGAGUUCAUUCUUACCAAGGUAUCUCACUUAAUCUGAUGGAAGCAAAGUCAGAGUAUCAUUAUGAAAAUGUAAGCACAAUAACCUUAUCUAGGAUUUUGGUUUGUUUACUAAGAAUGGAAGUUGUUGCACGGCACCCAAUGCUAUUUGGAGCAUGUAAGCAUCCUCCAAAAAGCAUGUUUGUAUAGCAAUUGAUAAAUCAUGCUGUUAAUUUUCUUUGAUUAUCUCUCUCAGCUCAGACUCCAGUUUUGGAUCCUCUUCAGCAAGCGUACGCAGGGAUGCAGCACUACACAGGUGGGGCAGUAGUGAGUCCAUUUGAGUCCUUAAAAUUUCCUGGAGGGAAUUUUAGGUUUGAAAUGCCCUCUCAACAGUCCUUAAUGUUUACCUAUGCAAACACACCCACAGCAACCUACCCUUCUGCAUAUGGAAUGGUGGGACAGCCAUUCCCACACCAACACACAAUGGUUGCACAGCAACAUCAGCAGCCUCAGCAACUGCAGCAACGAGAAGGUGAUUUCUACCUACUUGUCCUCCCUUCUGAAUUCUGAAUUCUCCCUUUUGACUAUUUUCAAUGUUGGUUUCCCACAAAGUUUAGACUGCCUCAAUCACUACCUCAUCCUGAUAAUCUCAAGUCACGUUAGAACCCCCCAGGGAGCCUUGAUGGGCUAACCUUCCACUGUAUUCUUCUUCUGCUUCUCAGGGCCUGAGGGCUGUAACAUCUUCAUCUAUCACCUGCCUCAGGAGUUCACUGACUCUGAGAUGCUACAAAUGUUCAUCCCCUUCGGCAACGUCAUCUCAGCAAAGGUCUUUGUUGACCGUGCCACCAAUCAGAGCAAGUGCUUUGGUGAGUGAUGAUGAUGACAACGAAUGCGUCCCAAAAGGCACCCUAUACCGUAGGCAGUGCACUACUUUUGACCAGUGCCCAUAGGGAAUAGUGUACCACAUUGAGAACACAGUCAAUGAUGAUAAUGAGGAGGCAGUGCUGGGAAGGAUUACUCCCAUCUUGUAGUUUAAUACUUUCACAGAAUUGGCCAUAACGUUUUGCUUCUGUUUGCUUCUCUUCAGGUUUUGUGAGUUUUGACAACCCGUCCAGUGCUCAGACGGCAAUUCAGGCCAUGAAUGGUUUCCAGAUUGGCAUGAAGAGGCUGAAGGUGCAGCUCAAGAGGCCCAAGGAUGCCAACCGACCCUACUAA